ACAUGUGCUAAGUUGCAGCUUGUGUGAGUCUGUGUGUGAAACAUGCCCUCUGCUCUGCCUUCAUCCGAUGAUGCAGAGGUGUGAGAGCCACGAAUCCGAGGUCCAGCGUAGCCCCUCAUUGGACAGCGCAGAGUCAGAAUUCACCCGGGCGGCCCGUCGGGGUCACCGCCUGGCAGUGGGGGCUUUCUAUGGCUCCCGGGGCUCAAAUGUCAAAGAUCAAACAGCACAGAACGAAGGAGCCGUAGUUGCGGUCCCGCCGGGAGGAAAGCCUCAGGAUACACGCGUGUCUGCCCGUGGGAAGUAUGUUGUGUUUUACCUGGACUUGUCGUUUGUGUUGCUCCUAGAGUUCGAGAAGUUGAAGAUGGCUCGUGGAUGCCUGUGCUGUGUCAAAUACAUGAUGUUUCUCUUCAACCUGCUGUUCUGGUUGUCGGGCUGUGGGUUGUUAGGCGUCGGCAUCUGGCUGUCUGUUUCUCAGGGCAGUUUUGCCACAUUCUCCCCCUCUUUCCCCUCCCUCUCAGCCGCCAAUCUGGUCAUUACAUUGGGUUCCGUCGUCAUGGUAACGGGCUUCCUGGGUUGCCUCGGUGCCAUCAAGGAGAACAAGUGCCUGUUGCUAAGUUUCUUCAUUGUUCUGUUAAUCAUUCUUCUGGCAGAGCUGAUUUUGCUCAUCCUUUUCUUCGUGUACACAGAAAAGGUGAGUGAGAAUGCUAAACAGGACCUUAAAGACGGCCUGCGCCUCUACAACACGGACAAUAACGUCGGCCUCCGCAACGCCUGGAACAUUAUCCAAGCUGAGUGGGAGUGCUGUGGUGUAACUGGGCACACAGACUGGCAUGAUGCCCUGCAGGAGAAAACAGUGCCAGACAGAUGCUGCCAGGAGCACUACAGAGAGUGCGGUCGCAACGCCACUAACAUCUUCUGGUCACAGGGCUGCUACGAGAAGGUUGAGGAAUGGCUGAACGACAACAAACAUUUGCUUGGAACCAUCGCGAUGUGUGUGCUGGUCUUACAGCUGCUCGGGAUGGCCUUCUCCAUGACCUUAUACCAGCAGAUUCACAGGGCGGGAAAGAAGUAUGAUGCCUAGAGAAAGCCCAGUGUUACACGACAAAAAACACUUUGAACACCUUAUGUAUUAUUUCAAAGCCCCGUUUCAUGCCAUCACAAACUAUUACCAUUGAAAAUGAAGCUUUUUUCGGACUCUAUCAGAUUUAAUUAUGUAAAACAGGCUGUAGAUAUUUUUGCUCAGCUGCUGAGUGGCUUUUUUUUUUUUUGGCCUGAGGUCUAACUGCAACUGUAAGAUGAAAACUAUACUAGUGAAGGGAAUAGAUUGUGAGAAGCAAUUAUGGAUGUUUGCAACCGUUAAGCAGGUCUUGGAAAUAGGCCAUUAUGAACUGUACAAAAAUGCCCAAGUCAUGUAAGAUUGGACUUUGGAGAUCGCAAUGCACAUAAAAGGAUACGUUCACUAUUUCUCUCUUGGACUGUUGCGUACACGUAGAUGCAAUUUCCUUUGUUGAUGUAAUAUAUCAAUCGCAUGCUGUAUAUAUUUUACAUUGACAUAAGCGUACUGUACAAUUGCACACAAACAAUCCUUUAUCUGAUGACUUAAGUGUUAGGGAGAGUGGGGUAAGAUGCGUCAAUUCCUUAAUCUACCAAAAACUGUGCACAAUUUUUGUAAUAUUAUUAGAUAAUCAGAAAGGCUCUAAAUGUAUGUUUUUAGCAUGUUAAAGUAAAAUG